AUGGACGACCUAUACGAUGAGUUUGGUAACUUCAUCGGCGAGGAUGUAGGCUCUGAAGAGGCAUCUGAAAGGGGAGUUGAUGCGGGCGACUUUGUCUAUGGCGACGAUGCCAGCGAAGCACCUGCGCCCACCGGCCAGGAGUUGAUGGAAAUUGAUGGUCUAAAAUACUCAGCUCAUGAUGGCCCAUCAAAUGCGAUUAUCCUGCACGAAGACAAACAAUACUACCCCACGGCACAGCAAGUAUAUGGAGAUGAAGUCGAGGUGCUCGUUCGGGAAGAGGACGAGCAGCUUCUCUCACAGCCCAUUAUAGCACCCGUCGAGCAGAAGAAAUUUAACAUCGAGGAGACCGACCUGCCACCCGUUUUCUUCGACCGCAGCUUCAUGACCGAUCUCAUGAACUUCCCCGACCAAAUACGCAAUGUCGCGUUGGCAGGACAUCUCCACCAUGGAAAGACAGCAUUCAUGGAUAUGCUCGUUCUCGAAACUCACGACAUCACCGACAGACUCGAGCGCCGUGUCGGCAAGAACCGAGAUGAGCAGCUCAGAUACACCGACGUUCAUGUUGUAGAAAGAGAGAGGGGAGUGUCCAUUAAAUCAUCGCCUAUGAGCUUGGUGCUGCAAAGCACAAAAGGAAAGUCUCAUUUGGUCAACAUCAUAGAUACCCCUGGCCAUGUAAACUUCGUCGACGAGGUCGCAGCCAGCUUGCGACUGGCUGACGGAGUGUGCUUGGUCGUUGAUGUGGUGGAGGGCGUCCAGGUGAAUACGGAACAGAUCAUCAAGCACGCAGUUUUGCAGGAUAUACCCCUUACUCUUAUUAUCAACAAGAUGGACCGCCUUAUUCUGGAACUUAAGCUUCCGCCCAAAGAUGCAUACUUCAAGCUGAAGCACGUCGUCGAGGAGGUCAACACGGUUAUCGAAAAUACAAUCCCCGGCAAGGGCGAGGCAAAGCGGAUAAGCCCUGAAAAGGGUAAUGUCCUCUUUGCAUGCACUGACAUGGGCUGGUGCUUCACUCUGCAGUCGUUCUCGAAGAUGUACGCCGACACUUAUGGCGGCAUCAAUACUGAGGACUUUGCGAAGCGGCUAUGGGGAGAUGUUUAUUUCAACCCUGAGAAGCGUAACUUCACAAGGAAGCCGAUGGAGACCCGGUCAAAUCGCUCGUUUGUCAAGUUUGUGCUGGAGCCGAUUUACAAGAUUUUUACCCAUACCAUCAGCGAUAGCCCGGAGGAACUGAAAAGGGUGCUGGGCAGUCUUGGAAUUACUCUGAAGCCAUCGCAAUACAAAGCCGAUGCAAAGGUUCUGCUGAAACUGGUUUGCGAGCAGUUCUUCGGCCCCUCUACGGGCUUUGUCGACAUGGUCGUUCGCCACAUUCCGUCACCCGAAGAUGCUGCACAGAGAUACUUGGAGAAGUACUAUUCUGGGCCGUUGGACACGAAGAUUGCAGAGUCCAUGAAGUCUUGCAACCAAGAUGGGCCGCUGGUGGUUCAUGUAUCGAAGCUUUUCAGUACAGCGGACGCCAAAAGCUUCUACUCUUUUGGUCGUGUUCUAAGCGGUACUGCACGCCCAGGAACACAAGUAAGAGUUCUGGGAGAAGGAUAUUCAACCGACGAUGACGAAGAUAUGGCGAUGGCAACAAUAUCAGACGUCUUCAUUGGCGAGUCAAGAUACAACAUUCCCACGGAUGGUGUUCCAGCUGGCAACUUCGUCCUCCUCAGUGGUGUGGACAACUCAAUCGUCAAGACGGCAACGAUUGUUCCUCCCAAGCUGGAGGAUGAUGAGGACGCGUACAUCUUCAAGCCUGUCACGCAUUUUACAGAAUCGGUGCUCAAAGUGGCUGUCGAACCCAUCAACCCUUCGGAACUGCCCAAGAUGCUCGACGGAUUGCGGAAAAUCCAAAAGAGUUACCCCUUGAUCACUACCAAGGUUGAAGAAUCGGGAGAACAUAUUAUUCUUGGCACAGGUGAGCUAUACAUGGACUGUGUCCUUCAUGACUUAAGACGUCUCUACGCCGACAUGGAAAUCAAGGUAUCGGACCCGGUCACGCGAUUCUGUGAGACGGUUGUUGAGCAGUCGGCGACCAAGUGUUACGCUAUCACACCGAACAAGAAAAACAAGAUCACAAUGGUUGCCGAGCAGUUGGAUAAGGGCAUAUCGGAAGACAUUGAGUCAGGCAAGGUUAAGAUUCGGGACCCUAUUCGCAAGACGGCCAAUUACUUUGAGGAGACCUACGGAUGGGACAAGCUGGCGGCGAGAAGCAUCUGGGCAUUUGGCCCUGAUGAAAUGGGCCCCAAUAUCCUCCAAGACGACACGUUACCCUCCGAGGUUGACAAGAAACUUCUAACUACGGUAAAGGAGACCAUCCGCCAAGGAUUCAGCUGGGCAACCAGAGAAGGCCCCCUGUGCGAAGAGCCCAUUCGAAAUACAAAAUUCAGGAUCACGGACGUCUCAUUGGCUUCGGAAGCCAUCUUCCGCGGAGGCGGUCAGAUUAUCCCCACCUCCCGGCGAGCCUGCUAUUCUUCCUUCCUGAUGGCUUCCCCUAGACUAAUGGAGCCCUUGUAUGCUGUCUCAGUGACGGGACCUGAGGACUCUGCCACAGAGGUCUAUACUACACUUGCUAGACGCCGUGGUCAUGUCCUUCAGGACGGACCGGUAGCCGGCACUCCUCUCUACCGCGUUAACGGCCUUAUUCCCGUCAUCGAUUCAUUUGGCUUCGAGACGGACCUACGCAUCAAAACAAAGGGCAUGGCCAUGGUGAGUUUGACGUUUGAUAGCUGGAGCAUCGUUCCUGGCGACCCCCUUGAUAAGGAGGUGAUCAUUCGGCCCCUGCAGCCAGCCAGUGCUCAGGCUACAGCUAGGGACUUUGUGCUAAAGACCAGAAGAAGGAAGGGCCUGAGCGAGGACGUGAGCGUGGCAACGUUCCUGGAGCCGGAGUUUUACCAGAGCCUCAUGGAGAGUGGUGCCCUUGGCGAGUAA